AUGUCCUCAUAUAAACUUGUUUGCCUUGGUAAUCCAUUAUUGGAUCUUCAAACGAACGUUGAUCAAUCCUACUUAAAAAAAUAUGAUUUAAAAGAUAAUGAUGCGAUUUUAGCUGAAGAAAAACAUUUACCAAUCUUUAAAGAAAUCAUUGAUAACAAAGAUCUUAUUUUAGUUGCUGGUGGUGCUGCUCAAAAUACUGCUAGAGGUGCUCAAUAUAUUUUACCUUCAAACUCAGUUGUUUAUUUUGGAUCAGUUGGUAAUGAUAUUUAUGCCAAAAAAUUAAAUGAAGCAAAUGAUGAAUAUGGAUUAACUACUAAAUAUCAAAUUCAAGAAGAUGUUGAAACCGGUAAAUGUGCUGCUUUAAUUUAUGACCAUCACAGAUCAUUAGUUACUGAUUUAGGUGCUGCUAAUCAUUUUAAAGUUGAUCAUUUAAAAAAACCAGAAAAUUUGGAAAUUAUUAAAAAUGCUGAAUUUUUCUAUAUUGGUGGUUUCCAUUUAACUGUUUCACCAGAAGCUAUUAAAUUUUUAGGGGAACAUGCUUCUCAAGAAAAUAAACCAUUGGCUUUAAAUUUUUCCGCUCCUUUUAUUUGUCAAUUUUUCAAACAAGCAUUAGAUGAAGUAUUACCAUAUAUUGAUUACGUUAUUGCAAAUGAAUCUGAAGCUGAGGCUUAUGCUGAUUCUCAUGAAUUAGGUACUAAAGAUAUUAAAGAAAUUGCAAAAUAUGUUGCUAAAUUACCAAAAGAAAAUUCAAAAAUUGCAAGAACUGUUAUUUUCACUCAAGGAACUUUACCAACAAUUUCAGUUGUUUAUAAUAAAGAAAGAGAUUCUUUUGAUAUUAAUGAAGUUCCAGUUAAACCAUUAUCAAAGGAACAAAUCGUUGACACAAAUGGAGCAGGUGAUGCUUUUGCUGCUGGUUUUGUUGCUUCAUUAAUCGAUGGUAAAGAUUUAACCAAAUCAAUUGAUGUUGGUCAAUGGGCUGCUUCUUUAUCUAUUCAACAAGUUGGACCAACUUUCCCAUUUCCAAAACAAUCUUAUACCAACUAG